GAGGCGUUGAUGCCUGUGUUGGACGCCGGAGACCUGGAUGAACUUCGAGAGGCCAUCAAACUGACCUUCUCCAGAAUUAUCGUCAGCGCGAGCCUAAUUAAAGUGUUCUUGCGUGACCCGUUGACCUGUAGCCUGGUUGAUGAGAACUCGCAGUCCGUCCCCACGAGUCGGUUUAUCAGCGACAUCCUUCAGCAGAGAGGCAAGACAUUCCAGACGGUUGCUGCUAACCAGGACGGCAUUGGAGAGUUGCUGGGCGGUCAUCAG